AUGUCUCCUCAAGAUACGCCAACGGCCCUCGUGGUCACAACGACUGUUCUCUCAACUGUUGCCUUUCUCGCCAUCGCCCGCGCACUUCUCUACCCCGUGCGCCCGAAAACCAUUCGCAAUCCGCUCAAGGCGGGCGUGUACGACAAGGCCAAUGCUGAUAAGUUGAAGAAUCUUGUUUAUCAACCUGAUCAGUUUCCUGGCGCUCGAGAUGUCGAAACCCCAUACGGAAGCAUACGUGUUUACGAGUUUGGCCCUGAGAAUGGUGAAAAGGUCUUCUUUGUGCACGGCAUCAGCACUCCCUGCAUUACUCUCGGGCCUAUAGCUCUUGGGCUCGCCAAACGCGGCUAUCCUGGACUAACAUCUCUCGAGGAUCUCUUUGGGCGUGGUUUCUCCGAUGGUGUCGCUGAUAUUCCACACGACGCCCGUCUCUACGUCUCCCAAAUGCUUCUCGUCUUGGCUUCUAGCCCUCUUGCAUGGACCGGUACAAACGCCUUCCGCCUUGUUGGCUAUUCUCUCGGCGGUGGCAUCGCAGUUCACUUUGCUAAUGCGUUUCCUAACCUCGUACGCGACCUUGUGCUCCUCGCGCCUGCAGGUCUAAUCCGCGCCUCCUCCUUUGGCCGCGUCUCUCGAUUCCUCUUCGUCUCUGGCCUAGUCCCGGAGCGCAUUCUCGCCGUUGCUACACGCAGUCGUCUUCAAAAGCCUAUCGCGGCUUCAGCCAAGCCACCUCCCAAGACGCCCAUCGAGGCAGUCACUACGCCACCACUCAAUGUUGCCGAGGCAGAGGUGGUUCCAGCGUCCGGCGAGGCCGUUACGCCGUUGGAGCAACGUGUCAUGGAGUAUGUGCGCUGGAUGGUCACCCAUCACAGUGGUUUCGUCCCCGCGUUCAUGUCGAGCAUUCGCUUUGCACCCCUGACCGAUCAGCAUGACGCCUGGGCCAAGUUGUCCAAGCGUGCUCCUGGCACUACAGCUAUUUUACUAGCUAGAUCUGACGAGAUUAUUGACCCCGAUUCCUAUCGCCAGGAUGCACUAUCUCUCAUUGGCGGUGAGCACCAUGUCUGCUGGCGAAUUCUUCCAGGGAGCCAUGAUUUCGUUAUGACGCAUGCGGGAGACAUCCUUAGCGAGAUUGACGACAUGUUCAAUACUAAAAGGGUGUGA